AUGGCUCUAUUUCCAAAUGAACCACCGUCAUCUUUCACGCCUCAUCUCUUUCAGUACAGCGUCUGUCAACAGAUCCAUGAAGCCAUGUCACAAGGUGCCCAUAAAAAACACCCUGAAGACUACACUAUGGUUGAGACUCUCCAUCACCGUAUCCUCGCGUUGCUGAGUGCAUUGCCGCCAGUCCACAGACCGAUGAAUCCGGACAGAUCUUGGGAUUUAACCCACGUGCAUAUUCCCAAACAGCGCCAGCAAAUAGCCACAGCCGCCCAUUCAUUUUUGAUGGCCCUCCACAGACCGCAUUCGAGGACAAGCGCGGUAAGUCGCAAAGCUGCCAUUGAAGCCGCAUUGUGCACAUUGGAUGCGCAAGAGAUCCUCUGUGAUCUCAUGGCCACACGGUAUUACAGUAUCUACGCCCUCUCCGUCUACACGGUCGAAGCCGCUAUCUUCCUCUCUGUCACUAUUCUCGAAUACCCACCUUCGGACUCUGUUCUAUCACAUCGAAUUCAGCGUGCACUAGAGAAGGCCAUAAGUCGCCUCGAACGGGCCCAAGACAGGGUUUCUUUAGCAAAGUCAGGGCUGUACAUCUUGAAGCUUUGCUACUCAAGAAUGCAACCCAUGCCACAGUUUCAGAACACCCUGCCCAGGAAUUUUGCUCCACAGCCUUCGCAACUCUUGGAUCGUGUAUCUUCUGGAGAGCCACACAUCGCUCAAGCGCCAAGUCAGUAUUCGUUUCCGGAAUCUGGCAUCAUACCAGAGGUCGGGACUGGUGGACUUGACAGUGGAAUUAUGUUUGACAGUGCAAUCAUGUUUGAGGAUAUCACGGGCUCGAAUUUUGACAUUGAAUCCUGGGUAAACCAGAUGAACGAAAUGAAUGGUCUUGUUUGA